AAGGAAAUGUACAGUUCGUGAUAAUUCACACGGCUCGUCGGUAUGAAUUAGCUCCACAAUAGCGGAAUCCCCGCAGCGGAUAUUGCGGGGAUCUCGCAUUCGUAGUGACCCGGUGAUGCAAGACAAAACAUGUCGCGACUCCUUUGAUUCCGAUCCUCGUAUUCUUUCCAAUCCACAUCAGCAACAAUGGCCGCCAUUCGCAUAGCACCAUCUAGAGCAGUGAGAGCACUCAACCUCUUGCGUGCCGUCGGCACACACGGUCCAGGAUGCCCAUGCCACAGCAACCCAGGUCAUCACCACAAUCCUCUGAGCAUUUCCCAGGGACGACGUGCACUUGCCACGCCAAUCGAUUACUCGCAACAGAAAGAAUACGCCUUCGAGAUGGCAGCCUCAAGUAUCCGAUUCGGACCUGGUUGCACAAAGGAGGUCGGCAUGGACUUCAAGAACAUGGGAGCCAAGAAGGUCAUGAUUGUGACUGAUGGCACUGUCUUACAUUUGACUGCAAUGAAGCAAGUUCAGGAGGGCCUCGACAGGGAGGGCAUCAAAUAUGAGAUAUACAGCAAGUGUCGAGUCGAGCCAAAGGAUCACUCGAUCAAGGAAGCAAUCGCAUUUGCCAAACCUUACGCUCCAGACGCUUUCCUCGCAGUUGGUGGUGGCUCAGUCAUCGACACAGCAAAGCUCAUGAACCUCUACACAUCCUUCCCCGAGGCCGACUUCCUGGACUUUGUGAACGCUCCUCUCGGAAAGGGUCUGCCAAUCCAGGGCAAGUUGAAGCCUUUGGUUGCAGUUCCCACAACAGCAGGAACAGGAUCCGAGACAACAGGCACAGCCAUCUUCGAUCUUGUUUCCAAGAAGGCAAAGACGGGUAUCGCACAUCGCAACCUGAAGCCGACACUCGGCAUAUGCGAUCCUCUCAACACACGUACCAUGCCUUCUGCUGUACAUGCUUCAAGUGGACUCGAUGUGCUUUGUCACUCUCUGGAAUCUUGGACCGCUAUUCCGUACCAUGAGCGUGUACCUAGACCUCGCAACCCCAUCGAGCGACCAGCAUACCAGGGUGCGAACCCGAUUUCAGAUAUCUUCAGUCUACAGGCGUUGAGAGACACUGUCAAGUAUUUGCCCAGAGCAGUCAAAGAUCCCGAUGACCAUGAAGCACAGAGCAAGAUGUUGUUGGCAGCAACUCUGGCAGGUGUUGGUUUCGGAAACGCAGGUGUCCACUUGUGCCAUGGUAUGAGUUAUCCUGUGAGUGGUCAAAACCCGGGCUACAAGCACAACGGGUACGCUGUCGACCACCCGAUCAUCCCUCAUGGUGUCAGUGUCGCUGUCACCGCACCUGCCGUAUUCAAGUUCACUGGAGCGAGCAACCCGGAAAGACAUCUUGCAGCAGCAGAGUGUUUCGGUGUGGAUAUCAGUCAGGUCAAGAAGGAAAGUGCUGGAGAAGUAUUGAGCGAGGCACUUUCCAAGUUCUUGGUGGAUCUAGGUGACCAGCCGCGAGGACUGAAGGAUCUAGGCUUUGGCCUUGGUGAUGUGGAUCAGCUGGUGGAAGGAACCAUGCCGCAAGCAAGAGUACUCAUGUUGGCACCUAGCCUUGACAUGCAGAACGUGGACGAGGAGAGGGCACAACUCAGACAGCUCUUUGAAGAUGCAAUGGAGUACUAAGUUGGAAGCAGAGGAAAGCUGAGAGAGCCAUGGAAGAGGAGGCUGGGCCGCUUGACAUGAAGCUUGGACGAUGAUGGCGGCGCUGUGAUGUUUAAGCCACGAUAUUGGGCAGAUGAACGAGAUAGCUGUAUGCAGGAGAGCUAAG